AUGGGCAUCUGUGAUGCAGCGGCAGCCGAGUUGAUCUUUAAACUGUCCGAAGAAGCAAACGAGGCCCUGCCAGAGACACCUGAAGGGUGGAAUCGCGAUGAGCUUAUUGAGGAACUCACCCGCGGCCUCUCUACAGUCAUUCUGCUGCAGCACCCCCUGGGCAAAACCCGCAAACGGUUGGCUGAGUCCCUUGCUGCAGCAGCUGCCGCUCCAGCACAUGCUGGAGUAGCCCAUGCAGCAACUGCUGAACCAACAAUUGAAGCAGCAGCUGACGCAGGUGAUGAUGCAGCAGCUGAAGCAGACGACGAAGCGGCUGCCGAGGCGGCAGAUGGGGCAACUAAUGAAACAACUGAUUCCGCAUCAGCUGAAGCCGCCGCUGAGGCAUCUCAGGAAGAAGAUGAGACAGGCCUGGUAGAGGCGUUCCGCAAGGCUUUCUGUAUUGGGGCCUCCACGCGGCAGCAGUUCUACCUCAGCAGCUGCGGCUGGACCUUCGAGCGAGACGUCCUCUUCUUCUACCCGUCGGUGAAAUCAUCUGAGGUUGAGCGCUCAGUGCUGCUUCUGAAGCCUGACGUAACUGCUGCUGCAGCAGCAGCAGAAGCUCGAGGGGAGCCCUGCCCCGAGCGGGCUGUGGAGGCCCUGCUGCUGGAAGAGGGCCUCACGGUUUUGGCCUCCGUUGAAUUUCAACUGCACAAGCAGGACAUUGCAAAACUCUUCCCCAGUCGCAUCGGGAAGCCAGACUACCCCGAGAUGGAAGCCUUCUUGUGCGAAGCUUCGGGUUGCAGUGAGUCAAACGCUGCCCAACGAAAUCAGCCCGGGAAAGCAACACCAGCAACGCAGGCAACAACACCUGCUACCGGUGCUGCUGCAGUAUGCCAUUACUUGCGUGCUCUGUGUGGGACAUCGCUCCUGCGAAAUGGCUUUGUAAGCAGCAGUAGGGACAGCAUCAUCAACAACAACUGCAGCAGCCCUGCAACAGAGCUCUUGCUAUAUCCGCCACACCCACAGCCUCUUAUCCGCGCUCAACGCACCUUUGCCGUCUUUUUGAUGAAAGAGCUGCAGUUACUGCAGCUGCCGCAACAGCAAACGCACAAUAUGGCGCACCAGAGAGAGCCGCAGGGGCAGCAGCAGCGACGGCUGCAUCAAGAGCGGGAACAGAAACAACAGGGGAUACGCAAGCUACUGAAGCAGAGGGGUUUUUAUAUUCUCUGGGAGAAGGAGGUUCAACUAAACAAAGAGACGGUCGGCCUUCUUUGCCAGGAGUGGCAGGACAGGCCUGACUAUCCUUCCCUUACCGCCUCACUUGAGGGUCAAGAGGCAUGGGCGCUACUGCUCGCUCGCACCGGUGCUCCCCGGGUGUUUGCUGAUCUUCUGGGACCUCACUGCCCCAUGCCAUUCGGCGCUGCUGCUGCUGCUUCUGCAGCAACAGCAGCGACAGCCGCCGCAGCAGCGGCGGCGGCCGCCAAGGCCUUGAGGUCUAGACAGAACGGCACCAGCACCAGCGAAGAGAUUGUGGCAGCAAACCUGAGGGCGGAAAGGGCGGCAGCAACAGCCGCAGCAGCAGCAGCAGCAGUGGGGAUGCCGCGGCAGGGCAGUCUGUGCGGUAUGGCUCGCCGCUGUGUUGGCUUCGCUGCAGCAGGCGAACAGGAAGCAGCAGCACUUGCGACCGCUUGCUCUGCUCGGCAGCUGCCACUGCUUCUGCUGCCUGCUGCAACAGACACAGCAGCUUCGUAUCUCUUAGAAGCAGCGGCCACAGGCCAACGCCCCUUAGCGUGCCUGAAGGCCCUCUGCAAGCAGAACCCACGGCCGGAAGGUCUGGAGGCGGUCGCCUGGAUAGGGAGAUGGCUGGCGGCCGAAGUUGAAAGAGAUAAACAGUCAAAGCAGGCGAUUGCUGCCACAGCUCAGCUGGCCAGCAGGGAGGAUGGAAAGGCUGCAGCAGCGCAAGAGCAGCUGCAGCAACAACAGCAAGGCACCCUAGAGCUGCAGGAGACAAUUCCGCGUCAGCGAAAGCUCCGAGUGGAGAACAGCACGAAGGGAUUCCGCGUGGUUUUAUUCGUGGGUGACGAGCAGCAGCUGCAGCAGCAGCAGCAGCAACAGCUGCAGCAGCAGCCAGGAACCGCUGUUAUCCCCAUCCUAUCGGCGGCUGGGAUUCUUCGAGAGGCUGCGAGAAGCGAGGAACCCGCAAAGGCUCUGCGGUCUCUGCUGAUAUCCAAGCUAUCUCAGCUCAGGAGCAGCAGCAGUAGCUGCGCCGGCAACAGCAGCACCGCCAUUCUCUCAAUAGAACAGGAUCUGGGGAGCUCAGAAUGGCAGCUUUUGACUGCGGCGCUCUCUGAAGUGCAGCCGCUAACUGUGAUUCCUCAAGGGGUUGCCGUCUCCGGUGGAGCGGCCGCUUCAGCCCUUGCAACUGCAAGGGCCACCGGACGGCUAAUCAACCACUGCAGAAGCGCAGACACUUGUGCUGCUGUUGCUGCGGCUCUGCGGCCUUCCGUCGUGUUCGUUUUUGCCGACCCUGGACUGCCUCUGGAGCGGUUGCUGCAGCGUCUCUGCUGCUGCUUCGGUUUGGCCCACAUUGAUAUGGAGAAGCUGUCUGCAGCAGCAGCGGCUCUUGCUGCUCCUGCAAGGAGUGGCGCUGCUGCUGCUGCUAAGCACAAGAAUUCGCAUGCUCCCAUCCCAGCUGCUGUGACAUGCCCUGCCUUGCUGGAAAAAAUAGCGGCGCUGCAAGAAGAAGGCACGGGCGCAAAACCUAAUACCUAA